AUGGAAACUAAUUUUACUUCUUCUCAGCCUGGGAAUCCUAGUUUAAUCAAGAUAGGAAACGGAAAUGGCAAUAGUAACGAUAAUGGUAUCGGUAAUGGAUUUAACGUCAAUAUCGACGUUAACACCACCACUUCCAACCCCAAAGACCUAACAGACCUCCCCCUCGACCUCUUCGUCAUCAUAGCCCAGUUCCUCAACCCCCAGGACAUCAUCCUUUGCCGCCGCGUCGGCCGCGCCUGGAAUGCCGCGUUCACGGACGCGGCUGCGUCCCACCACUUCAUGACGCGGCACUUCCCGCGCUCGCGGGAGAUGCGCACCGGGGAUAUCGGCUUGAAACCGGAUUGGGCGCGCGUGUUCGCCGACGUGGCGAGACGGUAUUUCUACCUGCGCGCUGCGAGGCCGCGGCUGGUCGAGAAAAUCGACGUCGUGCGCGAGGGCACGGCUGGCUUCCAAGGCGUCCCCCCUUGGGAUCGCUGGUUACGCUGGGAUGACCAUACCGCGCCUUUCCAGUACCCGGAUACCACCUGGUCUGUCGACGGUGGGCUGCUGGUGUACCAGGAGGUGGUGGCGCGGCGCUGGGUCGCGUAUGAUCUGGAGACGAGGCGGUUGUUCGACGUCCCGUUCGAUACGAAGGGGAUAGUUGUUCGCAGAUUGAGGCUGGGCGAGGGGGUGUUGGUGUUUGAGUGGUGUAAGGUAUCCGGGGUGUAUUCGUUGGAUUCGCCAGAGAUGUCGUAUCGGCAUUUUGCGACGGCGUUUGAUGUCCGGCGGCGACGACGGUGCCGUGGAGAGGGGGAUGAGAAUGAGGUCCGGGUUGAGUGGGAUAUCACGUUCCGCUGCGAGUGGAAGAUUAUCGCGAUAGGCUUCCCGCUAGACGACCAAGACCGCUUCUUCUCGGCACACACGGCGACGCACUACGCGCUAUACUUGUGGCAGCCAGACCGGUCGCCGUGGCUCAUCGAUCCACACGAAGAGCUUACCGUGUGGGAUAUUUCGCAGCCUUCAACGUACCGUCCGUCGCUAGAUAUGGCCGAGGCCAACAAGCUUAUUCCCGAUAGUCCAGCUCUCGUUAAGAUGUUCUCGCGCCGGGAUCUCGAGUUCCUGGGCUUGCGCCAGCGAUACACGCCGUCGAUAAGGGAAAUCCACCUCGACCAGGACAACGUGUACGUGCACGAGGAAGAACACCGCUGGCUGGCGGGCCAACACGCGGGCCUGUCGCCGCCGCGACACCACCAGGUGCGGUGCACGGGGGUCCCGUUCUCCGGCACGGGGCCCCGGUGGUUCGACGAGUGCUGCGCCGACGGCGACGUGCACAUGAGCUUCUGCCCGCGGGCGGGCUCGCUGGCCCGGAUCCUGGGCAGCGCCCGGCUGUCUUCUGGCGGCGGCGGCGCGGAGGGACAGCUGUGGCCGGGGUGGGCGCCGUGCUGGCGGCACGAGGAGUUUCCGUAUCUGACGGUGAGCGACGCGGUGGAUGCGCGCGCGGGGGUCAGGGUUGUGGCGCGGCAGUGCUUUAUCAUGGAGGCGCUGUCGAGUUUUGUUUUGCCUAAGAUUAGCGUGUUGGAGGAGCGGGAGCAGGAUGUGUUGACGAGGGUACGGGAGGGAGAAGGAGGGGAUGGGGAUGGGGAUGGGGAUGGGGAUGGGGAUGGGGAUGGGGAUGGGGAUGGGGAUGGGGAUUUGGUGGCGGAGGUUAGGUUUCCGGAUGAGAUGUGGUGGGAGCUGAUGGGACGGGGGAAGAUAGCGGGGGAUGAGCGGUGGGUUGUUGGUGAGGAUGGUAAUGGGAGGGUUACUGUUGUGAGGUUUUGA